AUGACAGAUAUUCCAAUAGCAAUCGAGAGUUCACAACUACUCCAUAAUAAUAAUAAUAAUACAUCCACUCAUCAGCAUCAUCAAAUAAAUCAUCAUAAAUCUCAGCAACUGAAACAAUCAUCACCAAAUAAAAAUCAAACUCCCCCUUCAUCAUCUCCACAACCUUUCCCUAAUUUGGAAAUCAAAAAGAAUGGAAUAGUUUAUAUCAAAAGUUCUAAUAAUUUGAGUAAUGGUAAUAAAUCAUCCACUGGUUUAUCUAGAACCACAAGUAAUUCAGGCACAAACUCCCCACUAGAUAACAAAUCACCAGCGUCUAUUUCAACCAGCACCAUCAAUUCACAAUCAAUAAACAGUGUAUCCACCUCAUCAGCUGGAAGAAAAAGAUCAAAUUCUCAAUCACAAGUUGUUUCCAUGCCGGGAAAACCAAAAUAUUCUGGUUCAGCAACUAGAGACCAACCAAAAUCAUCCCUUUCAACUUUACCUGGUCCACUUGUUUCCACAUCAUCUUCUUCAUCAUCGUCUGUUGGAGCAGGAAGUUCACUUUUACCUAAAUCAUCGCAUGGUCCAUCUCCAUUGAAUCCAAGAAAACGUAACCAAAUCCAAUAUUAUGUGACUCUUUUACCAUUAAAUGAUACAUUUAUUAAGAAACAUUUGCCAGUGGCAACAUAUCCUGAAACCACGAAAUUAGGUAGACCAACGGGUACUAAACACAAACCAGAUGUUACUAAUGGAUAUUUUGACUCGAGAGUUUUAAGUAGAAAUCAUGCCCAAAUUUAUAUUGAUCCCAAGAAUGGGAAAUUAAUGUUGCAAGAUUUAGGAUCAUCCAAUGGUACUUAUCUAAAUGAUGUGAGACUAAAUAAUGAUCCAACAGAGGUUAAAAUGGGUGAUGUUGUCUGUCUUGGAUUUAAUGUUCAAGCUGAAUCAACGCAUAAACAAAUUAGUUUGAAAAUUGAAAAUAUUAACGUAAUUUCAACACAAUUGGAAAACGGAAUUGGUAAAAAUGGAGAUGGAGGGAAUAGUUUUUAUGGUAAAGGAAUAGAUAGCCCAGAAUUUAGACAUAUAUCUUUUAUUGAAGAUAUUUGUAAUCAAGUGGAAAAGAAAUCUCAACAAUCCCCGGAUAAUAUUGUUUCUAAACAUCAAUUAUCAUAUGAGAAUUAUUUAUUUAAUGAUGUGAAUGCCGAAUUGGAUGAUUAUUUAUUAGGACUAUAUUCUAAUUCAAAUACUGGUAUUUACAACAAUUCAAGAAUUGGUAGUCCAUCAUGUGUUGAAAGCAUUGUUAGUGUUUUACUUAUGAAUCUUACUCGGGUUAAACAACAAAACACUGUCUUGCAAGAGUUGUUUAAAGAUUAUGAAAACUUCAAAAGUUUAUCAAUUGAACAAAAUAAGAAAUUGGAUUCACUUGGUAAGAAGCUUAAGUCAAGUGAAGAUGAUAAAUUAAAAUUGAAUAGUUUAUUGACUGACUUGAAAAAUAAGAACACUGCUAUUGGACAAGAACGAGAUCUUAAUGAACAAGAGGUUAAGAACAAAUUAGACAAGAUUAAGUUAUUGGAGAAGCAAAUUCAGGAACUUCAAGAAGAAAAGGAGCGAUAUGCAAAGGAAAAACAAGAGCAUGAGGAGAAACUAAAACAAGAACAAGAAGAACGGGAAAAGGAACAACAACGUGAAAUAGAGAGAGAGAAAGAAUUAUCAAAAGCUAGAGAAAGAGUAACUAUUACAGAAAUAGAUGAACAAGUCAGACAACAACAAGAAUUGAAUAAUUUUAUUGCUGAUUUAUCAAGAACACCAUCAUUUAAGAAUGCAAAAAUUCAACCGGAACCCAUUCAAAGUGAAGUUGAACCAUUUCCGACAGUUGAAGAACAUAGUCAUAGUGAGAGUGUAUCGGAAAGUGAUUUAUCUCCAUCAAUUACCAAGCAUUCAACGGGUAAAAAUAGUACCAAAAAAUCUAAAACCCAUAAAAAUAAGAAAUCUAAACAGAUUCAUCCGGAUAAAUUGAUUAAAUUUGCUCAGGAUAAUGCUCCACAUAUACAGACGGUUACUAUAGCUAUGUCUGCUAUGAUAAUAGGUUAUUUUUUUAAACAAUUGACUGAAUGA